CUGACGUCACAAGACAGCCAGCCGCCGGCGCCCCACGGUGCGCACCCCGCACCGGACCAGCAGCGGCGCGCAGCUCUCGGCGCCGACCCCCGGGCGCGCGCGUCCUCGUGCCCGGGCCCGUCCCCGUCCGCGCCGCUGAAGAUGGCGAGCCCCGCGCCCCCGGAGCACGCUGAGGCGGGAUGCCCAGCUAAGGAGAAGGCUCAGGAGGCGGCGGCGGCAGGCGAGCGGCCGCAGGUGGAGGAGGCCGCAGGCUGGGUGGUGGCCACCGUGACCUGGCUGCUUGGGGAGCCUGGGCUGUGGCUGGGCUGCCGCGCCGGCGAGCUCCUGAGCUGGAGGAGGCCGCUGCGCAGCCUGCUCGCCUUCGUCGGUGCCAACCUGCUGUUUUGGUUCCUUGCGUUGACUCCAUGGAGAGUAUAUCACCUGAUUUCCGUCAUGAUACUUGGGCGUGUUAUUAUGCAGAUAAUAAAGGAUAUGGUUUUGUCUAGAACGAGAGAGAACAGACACUUGACUCCCUCACUUUUCACCUUGAAGGAACUUGGUGCACAGUUGUGGAGAAGCCUCAGUGAAAGCUGGGAGGUUGUGAAUUCUAAACCAGAUGAAAGACCUAGAUUCAGCCACUGUAUUGCAGAAUCAUGGAUGAAUUUCAGCAUAUUUCUCCAGGAAAUGUCUCUUUUUAAACAGCAAAGUCCUGGCAAGUUUUGUCUCCUGGUCUGCAGUGUGUGCACAUUUUUUACGAUCUUGGGAAGUUACAUUCCUGGGGUUAUACUCAGCUAUCUAUUGUUGUUGUGUGCAUUCUUGUGUCCGCUGUUUAAGUGUAAUGAUAUUGGACAAAGAAUAUACAGCAAAAUCAAGUCAGUUUUGCUGAAGCUAGAUUUUGGAAUUGGAGAAUAUAUUAACCAGAAGAAACGUGAGAGAUCUGAAGCAGAUAAAGAAAAAAGUCACAAAGAUGACAGUGAAUUAGACUUUUCAGCUCUUUGUCCUAAGAUUAGCCUCACAGUUGCCGCCAAAGAGUUAUCCGUGUCUGACACAGAUGUUUCCGAGGUGUCCUGGACGGAUAAUGGGACCUUCAACCUUUCAGAAGGAUAUACUCCACAGACAGACACUUCAGACGAUCUUGAUCGACCUAGUGAGGAGGUAUUCACUCGAGAUCUUUCAGAUUUUCCAUCUCUAGAAAAUGGCAUGGGAACAAAUGAUGAAGAUGAAUUAAGCCUUGGUUUGCCCGCUGAUCUCAGGAGGAAAAAGGAAAAGUUGGACAGUGGUCAUACUCCAGGCAAAGAGAAGCAAUCAGCAGCUGGUCUCACCCUCCCGUUGAACAAUGACCAAACCUUUCAGCUGAUGAGCAACCUGGCCGGGGAUGUCAUCACAGCCGCAGUGACCGCUGCUAUCAAAGGCCAGCUAGAAGGCGCCGCUCAGCAAGCACGUUCUCAGGCUGCAGCCAGCCCAGCAGAGGACACAGACACUGAAGAAGGUGAUGACUUUGAGUUACUUGACCAGUCAGAGCUGGAUCAAAUUGAGAGUGAAUUGGGACUUACAGAAGACCAGGAGGCAGCAACACAGCAAAAUAAGAAGUCUUCUGGCUUCCUUUCAAAUCUACUUGGAGGCCAUUAAUCUGGGAAUCACUUGCAACGGAGCACAGAUAAACCACCAAAAAUUGCAAACAAGCAAAAAAAAAAAAAAAAAAAAAGGAAAAAAUUUUGAACUGUAAGCUUUAUGAUUACUUUAGAUUUUUUUGUUUUAUUUUCCCUUCUGCAGUGACUAUAUUGGAUAUGUAUCAGCUGACACUGAUAGAUUGAUAUUUCUGAUAGUUAUUUUUAUGUAAUAAGCAUGGAAAUGAACUUUAUAUAUGUAUACUUACUGUGUUGUCAGAGAUGAAUAUUAGGGAUUGUUUUUAAAUAAAAAGGAAAGAAUCCAAAACCACCAAAUUAUUAUGAUCUCCCUGUAAGUAUUCUUUAUUUUUCCUUUAUAGUUAAUUUUUCAAGCAUGCAAGAACAGUUUAUUGUAAAUCAUUGAAAAAUAUUAACAAUUAAUUGUGAGUACAUGCUGUAUCAGCUCCCUUAUUCCUAAUACUUUGGGGAAAAACUGAUAGAUUUUGAUGUAAAAAGGCAGAAAUUAUCAUGUAUCUUCAGUUGAGGGGCUUAGGAAAGAUCAUCAAAGUAAAUUUCCUAGGAGAAAUUUUAGAAAAGUGUUUUAAAUACUGUGGAUAGGCUGAAACAUUUCCAUGUUUUUUCUGCAGUUAUAGAAUUUGGCUUACUUGGGAAGUGGCAUGUUCCACUGACUGCCCUUUCUUGCAGUGGCUGAGAUGAACCCAUAAAACGCAAGGAGUGAUAUCCCAGUAGCCAGAGUGGAUGAUGGAUAUGAUGUAAACAGAUUGAGCUGUUUUAUUUUUCAUUUUCAUAUGUUUGUAAUAGGGGUGAUGAAAGUGUGAAUCUAUUCUGUCUGCUGAGACCUAAGUUAAACCCUUACCUUUUAUAUUUUAUCAUGGAUAAAAAUCUACAAUUGUGAAGCUAGUUCUUGAUAUGUUCUACAAGAGAUAUUAUCAGCAAUAAAGAAACAGUAACUCUGUUUUCUUAGUCUGUCUAGAUAGAGGAGAGGAACUUGCUUGGCUUUAAAGUGUAAUAAGUUGCCACUGAAGUCUAAAUAUGUCAUCUGCUUUUUAUUGGGAAGUUAGAAUAUAUUUUUCCUUUAUUUUAAACAUUUAUAGAUCAUCUUUAAAUAACCAAAUUUAACUUAAUGGUUUUUAACAAAGGACUAAAAAGCAGAAAGCAAGCUAGUUUUGUUUUAUGAUAUAAAUUUAUAUUACUAUUGAGGGACCAUGUCAGCAACCACCAAAAAUCUCUUAAUUCGUCAGUGAUAGCUGGCAUUUCUAUGGAUGCACCCAUACAUCUGAAAGGAAGCAAAAUCUAAGGAUUUAGGAAAUGUUUUCCUUCCUUUCACUUUAUCCCUUUUCUUGUAUGUCUAAAGACUAAUAAUUGUAGAUAAUCUGAGAGUUGAAUGUAGCAUCUCAAUUAUUAUUUCAUUCUGAGAUAUUAAACUGUCUAGACCAAAUUUUGCCAAAUGUUGAAGGGAGAAAAGUUACUUAAGACUGACACGUGCUUUCUGUACCGACUGUGCUUAGCUGUCGGCAGUGCCUCAUGAUGGUGUUUGUUGAUUAAAAGUGAGCCUGUGCCUUCAUUAUCUUGCCCAUUUUGGCAACAGUGGGAACCUGGUGGUAGAAAAUCUCUGAACUGUGUGUUUCAGAGGAAUCAACCUGAAUUUCUAUGACAGUUUCUGGACAUGAAGAAAAAUACAGUCACAUAUUUAUAA